GCCAUUUACUCCCGCGGCGCAGCGCACAAGGAACCCUCCCGUGCGGUACCAUCCUGGAGCCCGCCCAGGUCACUUUCAUGAAUUCAAAGGCAAUUUACCAGUGAUUUCUGGGUGCUGGAGCUGAUCUUUUUGUGCGUAUUUACAUUCUAUAUCUUCUGAUGAGGAAAGAAAAAUGCUUCAAGAAGGACUUUGUGACCCCUCAUCACUUUGUAUAAGAGCCCAGAAGAAUGUCUUCCAAGCAAGCCACCUCUCCAUUUGCCUGUGCAGCUGAUGGAGAGGAAGCAAUGACCCAAGAUUUGACCUCAAGGGAAAAGGAAGAGGGCAGUGAUCAACAUGUGGCCUCCCAUCUGCCUCUGCACCCCAUAAUGCACAACAAACCUCACUCUGAGGAGCUACCAACACUUGUCAAUACCAUUCAACAGGAUGCUGACUGGGACAGUGUUCUGUCGUCUCAGCAAAGAAUGGAGUCAGAGAAUAGUAAGUUAUGUUCCCUAUAUUCCUUCCGAAAUACCUCUACCUCACCACAUAAGCCUGACGAAGGGAGUCGGGACCGCGAGAUAAUGACCAGUGUUACUUUUGGAACCCCAGAACGCCGCAAAGGGAGCCUUGCCGAUGUGGUGGACACACUGAAACAGAAGAAGCUUGAGGAAAUGACUCGGACUGAACAAGAGGAUUCCUCCUGCAUGGAAAAACUACUUUCAAAAGAUUGGAAGGAAAAAAUGGAAAGAUUAAAUACCAGUGAACUUCUUGGAGAAAUUAAAGGUACACCUGAGAGCCUGGCAGAAAAAGAACGGCAGCUCUCUACCAUGAUUACCCAGCUGAUCAGUUUACGGGAGCAGCUCCUGGCAGCGCAUGAUGAACAGAAAAAACUGGCAGCCUCACAAAUUGAGAAACAAAGGCAGCAAAUGGACCUUGCUCGCCAACAGCAAGAACAGAUUGCAAGACAACAGCAGCAACUUCUGCAACAGCAGCACAAAAUUAAUCUCCUGCAGCAACAGAUCCAGGUUCAGGGUCACAUGCCUCCGCUCAUGAUCCCAAUUUUUCCACAUGACCAGCGGACCCUGGCAGCAGCUGCUGCUGCCCAACAGGGAUUCCUCUUCCCCCCUGGAAUAACAUACAAACCAGGUGAUAACUACCCCGUACAGUUCAUUCCAUCAACAAUGGCAGCUGCUGCUGCUUCUGGCCUCAGCCCUUUACAGCUCCAGAAAGGUCAUGUCUCCCACCCACAAAUUAACCCAAGGCUAAAGGGCCUAAGUGACCGUUUUGGCAGGAGUUUGGACACCUUUGAACAUGGUGGUGGCCACUCUUACAACCACAAACAGAUUGAGCAGCUCUACGCCGCUCAGCUGGCCAGCAUGCAGGUGUCACCUGGAGCAAAGAUGCCAUCAACUCCACAGCCACCAAACACAGCAGGGGCAGUCUCACCUACUGGGAUAAAAAAUGAAAAGAGAGGGACCAGCCCUGUAACUCAAGUUAAGGAUGAAGCAGCAGCACAGCCGCUGAAUCUCUCAUCCCGACCCAAGACAGCUGAGCCUGUAAAGUCUCCAACAUCUCCCACCCAAAGCCUCUUUCCAGCCAGCAAAACCAGCCCUGUCAAUCUGCCUAACAAAAGCAGCAUCCCCAGCCCCAUUGGAGGAAGCUUGGGAAGAGGAUCCUCUUUAGAUAUCCUGUCCAGUCUCAACUCCCCCGCCCUGUUUGGGGAUCAGGAUACAGUGAUGAAAGCUAUUCAGGAAGCUCGGAAGAUGCGAGAACAGAUCCAGCGGGAGCAACAGCAGCAACAGCCGCAUGGUGUUGAUGGGAAACUGUCUACCAUGAAUAAUAUGGGGCUGAACAACUGCAGGAAUGAAAAGGAAAGAACACGCUUUGAAAAUUUGGGGCCCCAGUUAACAGGAAAGUCAAGUGAAGAUGGAAAGCUGGGCCCAGGUGUCAUCGAUCUUACUCGGCCAGAAGAUGCAGAGGGAAGUAAAGCAAUGAAUGGCUCUGCAGCUAAACUACAGCAGUAUUAUUGUUGGCCAACAGGAGGUGCCACUGUGGCUGAAGCACGAGUCUACAGGGAUGCCCGUGGCCGGGCCAGCAGUGAGCCACACAUCAAGCGACCAAUGAAUGCAUUCAUGGUUUGGGCGAAGGAUGAGAGGAGGAAAAUCCUUCAGGCCUUUCCUGACAUGCAUAACUCCAACAUUAGCAAAAUCUUAGGGUCUCGCUGGAAAUCCAUGUCCAACCAAGAGAAGCAACCUUAUUAUGAGGAGCAGGCCCGGCUCAGCAAGAUCCACUUAGAGAAGUACCCGAACUAUAAAUACAAACCUCGACCGAAACGCACCUGCAUUGUUGAUGGCAAAAAGCUCCGGAUUGGGGAGUAUAAGCAACUGAUGAGAUCUCGGAGACAGGAGAUGAGGCAGUUCUUUACUGUGGGGCAGCAGCCUCAGAUUCCAAUCACCACAGGAACAGGUGUUGUGUAUCCUGGUGCUAUUACUAUGGCAACUACCACACCAUCACCUCAGAUGACAUCUGACUGCUCUAGCACCUCCGCCAGUCCAGAGCCCAGCCUCCCGGUCAUCCAGAGCACUUAUGGUAUGAAGACAGACGGCGGAAGCCUAGCUGGAAAUGAAAUGAUUAAUGGAGAGGAUGAGAUGGAAAUGUAUGACGACUAUGAAGAUGAUCCCAAAUCAGACUAUAGCAGUGAAAAUGAAGCCCCGGAAGCUGUCAGUGCCAACUGA